AUGACGAAUCUCUCAGGUCCUGUUACUAUUGUUGAUCCUGAUGGAGACUUGGUCCUGCUUUGGGGUCCCAUACCGUCUGGUGACUCGAACCAGUACAAACACCAUGUUCUUGUCUCUUCAAAACACAUGCUAUUUGCCUCGCCGGUCUUCAAGGCCAUGUUAAAAGGAGGCUUCCAAGAGGCUAUAGAACUCAAGACGAUAGGGAAAACUGAGAUACCACUUCCAGACGAUGAUUCAACUGCCAUGAUCAUACUAACCGACAUCAUUCAUGGCCGUCUAAAGUCGUGCCACGAGGCGACGCAACUGCUAUGCACUGUAUGGGCUACAGAUUUCCUUCCAACCGAUUCAUGGAAGCAGAACUGGUUUGACACUGCUUGCUGGAUAUGUGUAGCAUGGGUUUUUGAGCUAGAUACCGAAUUCAAGAAAGCUACGGAAGAAGUCAUCAGAAGAAGUGGAAUUGGGCUUGGUCCAAUACUAGAGGAAAAUGAAUUGGAUUUCCCUGUUCCGGCAGAUGCUAUUGACGAUGUAGAUGAAAGGCGUCAAAGUGCCGGACCAACUAUAAUAUGUCCCACCUUUACCUCACCAGAAUACAAAGUGCCAUAUGACCCGACUGAAUUGGCCAACUACUUAGUAAACAGUAAAUCUCACAGAGAAUACUGCGAUUCAAUGGUCCUUGGAUAUCUGAUCAAGAGUGCUACGGCGCAGGGCCUUUUUCCGCUCCCACAAGCUCCCUUGUAUAACUCAUUGAGUCUCGAUGCUCUCAAAACUAAAGUUAGAUCAUUGAAAGUUACAACUGGUUGUACCAAGAUGUUUCAAAGAUCUUGCGAUGAUCAUGAUAUUUUGAAGACACUCAAACAAUCGGUGGCGAAAGUAGAUUCACAAAUAUGCGGUUUAGACCUGGCAAGUUUCAAAAAGCCUCGUCGAGGCACAUAG